AAGCUGCAGCAUCACAAGGCGGCAGCGAUGCCGGCCCUGAGAACUCCCGGCAGCCCCUCUCAGCCAAUCCAAUGCGCCGCUCGCACCUGGGAUUCCGCGGACUGGCUGAGGCGGAUGCGAUCCCUUCGCUGCUCCGAGUCUUGGUUCCGGCGGGGAGAUCUGCGUGGCGACGAUAGCGAUGGCUUGUCGCGGCAGCGGGAGGACGAGGCGACGGUGGCGACGACGACCUUGAGGAGGGUAGCGAGCAGUCGCCGGCCUGGGCCAUGGGCAACAUGCCGUCGGCGCUCAAGCACUGCCUCAGCUACCAGCAUCUCCUCAAGGAGCAGCUAUGGAUUGGCGAAGCUGCAGCGCAGCCUAUAGCUCUGCAACAUCCGGGGCAGGAAUUGCUCACAAGUGGAUUUCCUGAAUUUGUUAAAAUAGUAGAAGUUGGCCCAAGGGAUGGAUUGCAAAAUGAAAAGGCUAUAGUCCCUACAGAUGUCAAAAUUGAAUUAAUCGAUCGACUUUCCAAAACGGGUUUGCCUGUCAUAGAAGUGACAAGCUUUGUUUCUUCAAAAUGGGUACCACAGAUGGCAGAUCAUACAGAAGUAAUGAGAGGAAUAGAAUGCUAUCCUGGAGUCCGCUAUCCAGUACUUACCCCUAAUCUUCAAGGUUUCCAUUCUGCUAUUGCUGCUGGGGCAACAGAAGUGUCAGUCUUUGGUGCAGCAUCUGAGUCCUUCAGCAAAAUGAAUAUUAACUGCAGCAUAAAAGAAAGCAUGGAAAGAUUUGAAGAUGUUGUUAGAUUGGCAAGAAAGAUGGACAUUCCAGUACGAGGGUAUGUGUCUUGUGCGUUGGGAUGCCCUUAUGAAGGAAAUAUUGAACCAGCAAAAGUUGCAGAAGUCUCCAAAAGACUGUACAGCAUGGGCUGUUACGAGAUAUCCCUGGGAGACACCAUUGGUGUGGGGACACCGGGCAGUAUGAAACGAAUGCUGGAGUCUGUUAUGAUGGAGGUCCCGGUGACAGCUAUUGCAGUGCAUUGUCAUGACACAUAUGGCCAGGCUUUAGCCAAUAUCCUUACAGCGAUGCAGAUGGGAGUUCAUGUGGUGGAUUCUGCUGUUGCUGGUUUAGGAGGUUGCCCCUAUGCAAAAGGUGCCACAGGAAAUGUAGCCACAGAAGAUGUGAUAUAUAUGCUUAAUGGCUUAGGAAUCAAUACGAGGAACAAAUGUAUCCUGGAAGUAUGCUCUGGCCCACAAAAGUGUACGUCGUGUGUGUUCAUCUUUAAGAAGCCACAGGAUUUUGUUGGGUUUGCUUCCAUUGACUGACAAAAUUACUCUUCUGCAAACAUGCACGUAUGCAUGCGUGUACGGGUGUGUGUUCUGGUACACCAUGAUGAAGAAAGAUUCUCCAUCCUGGUAUAACACAUUAAAUCAAUAGCCUUGGCUCAAGAGUCACAUCACUUUUUCCUGAGACAUGAUAAUAUGAUAAAUAGCAUGUGAAGUUCAUAUUUCAGAAUAAAUAUUUGCCAUGCUUGGUGCCAGCUCCAGGUUUUGGGGGCACCCAUCCCUAAGUGAGCCUACCACCCUCACCACUAUUAUUACCAGCUGCUCUCCUCCUCCUCCUCCUCCUCUUCAUUCAUACCCCCUGCUUGCUUGUCAGGCAGGGAGCCAUUGAGGAAGCAGGCAGUGGCAGCUACUCUUCCUCUUUCUCGCCUUGCUCAUCACCUUGCUCACUUCCUCAGUGGCAGAGGAAGAGAUGGGUGAACAAGCAGCUUGCCAUAGUGAAGAGGAGGAACUAUUGUUAGUGGGCCCUUUCUGGGGUAUGGACCCCGGCACGUGGCCAACCAUGCCAACACUUGACACCAUUCCUAACCAUGCUAAAAUGAUGCAAAGGGGCCCAAUAUGGGCUUGAAAACAUACAUGAGAAUUGGGACUGAGACACACGAAAGCAUAGCAAGCAAGGGACACAAUGACAUUCCAUGGAAAUGUGUGUGCUGUUUAUUUCUAAAGCUGAAUGCCAGCCCACUAGCCAUGUACAGUUGCCCAUAAAUUUUAAAAAUCAAUUUGGACACACUUUGAACAUCAGCUUUGUAUUUGUUUCCUGCCUUAGAUUGGCAAAAAAUACGGGGGUUGUUGCGCAGGCCUGUAUUAAGUGGAUCUUACUACCAUAUCUUCAGCUGUUAUUUUAAACCACAUUAGCCAACCUGCAGAGUUCUAAAGAUAGUAAGUAUAUUCUUACAUCUUAAUCAAGCUGAUUUUUUAGUGUUGUAUAAAUAUUUGCAGCAGUCAAUUAGGUCCAUCAUUGUGUGUGGUCUCGCUGUUACACAUUUUAUUAUUCCAGAUUACCUCUUUUCAUUUGCCAAGUCAAUUAUACUCCGAACAGGGAGCCAAACCCGGAUUUGCUAUGAGUAGCAUUUUUGUAAUGUUUUACUAUAGUUGACAUCUGUUAAGUAUAUGAAUGACUUUAUCUUGUUCCAAGAAUUUGUAGCAAAUGGCAGCCUGCCAUGUUUUGCAAAUUUAUGGCGCCCUCCUAUAGAUGUUACAUAUACUAAAUUCAUUGCAAUCUGUUUUUCUUUCUUCUUCUGUUUUAAUCUUGAGCAAUAAGCAGUAGGGAAAAUACCACUUAGCCCUGCUGCUGUCCAAUUUCCAUCUUUUUAAUAGGGGAGUGCAGGGCUGGUAUGUGAGCUUACUGAAAGAGCGGAAGUUGCACAGUAGCUGUGUUUGUUGGAUCACUCCCAUACAUAAUUCAGGCCAAAUUAAAUGUUAUGUUAGCCACACAAUUUACAAUUGUUUGAUUUAAAAACAAACAAACAAAUAGCACCCACAAUUUGGAUUGGGAUCAUGGUGUAGAGAAGGAUAAUGCCCACCAUGGUUCUGAUUUUGAUCAGGGGCUCCCAACAGCCACUACUUGUCUCCCUCCCCCUUCAUCAAGCAGAGGAAAAUGUCCACACAGUGCUUCUUGCAGGAAAAAAUGAGUAAGAUUGGACAAUUGUUUUCCCAUUUACACUUGUAAAUUAUGAGUGAUAUCCAACUAAGUCGUAGAGUAGACCCACUGAAAUCUCAAUGGACUUACGUAAUUUAUUUCAGUGGGUCUACUCUGAAUAUGAUGAACAUAACUAUAAUUUUUAUUCGGCAUACAUCCACUGUUGUAAUGGUGGGUCAAGAGAGUGCCUCUUAUCUGAAGUGAAAGUAUUAUUUAUGGCUUCUCCUUUUGUGGAAUUUUGUAAGAUGAUUAUUAGAGCGAAAUGCAUUUGGGUGCAGUCAGAGGAGCUGCACAAUCAUAUUUAAAUCAAUAAAGCUGAUUUAAAAAUAA